UGAUGACGCCAGCGGUGACGUCAGGAGGCAGCUGAGGCGGCUGGAGCUCGGGCUCAAGGCUCAGGAGCCAAUCAGCUGUGGCCAAUUCUGGCUGACCCCCAUGGCUACCCAUGACGUCAUCAUAGGCGCCCCGCUCUGAUUGGUCAGCUGCCAGCCAUGGAGGCGGAGCCAAAGGCACUACUGGAGGAGGCUGAGGUGAGGCUGAAGGAGGAGGCCUUGGAGGAGCUUCCUCUGCCUCCUGCCUCUGCCCAAGAGGACCUGUCCGUGCUGCUCCCUGGCUACCCCUCCAUGUCUCCAGCCAAGAGGAAGAGGGAGAAGCUGCUGGCGGCCAGCGGGGGGCAGGAGCUCGGCGCCUCCUGCCAGGAUCGCCGCAAGUCCAAGGUGUGGAACUUCUACUGCAAGCUGGGGGACGCCUUCGUGGAGUGCACCAUCUGCAGGAAGCAGCUCUCCUUCCACAACAGCACCACCACCAUGAGGGAGCACCUGGUCAGGAAGCACCACAUCAAGGAUGCCUUCUUCUCCUCCUCUUCCUCCUCCUCUUCGUCUUUCUCCUCUUCUCACCUCAGAGAAGACCAAACCCCCGACUGGGACCUCGGCCCCCAGGAGAGCCUCAAGCGGAGCCGGCAGCUGCCGCCGGAGAACAGCUUCUGCCGCCCCCUGGGGAGCAGGGGGGAGGUGGUGGUGGAGCUGCUGGCGGAGAUGAUCUUCAAGGACCUGCAGCCCCUGUCGGUGGUGAAGGACAAAGGCUUUGGGCUCCUGCUGGGCUUCCUGGAGCCUGGGUUGCAGCUGCCGAGCGCGGAGAAGCUGCGGGAGGUCCUGUGGGGUCGCUACCAGGUGGCCAGGAAGGAGCUGCAGAGGUUCCUGCGGGGGGCCGGGGACUCGGUGGUGCUCAGCCUGGAGCGGUGGCGCUGCCGGCGCCAGAGCUACGUCGGCACCGCUCUCAACCUCAUCGACGGCGACUGGCGGCGGGCGAGGUGCCUGCUGGAGACGCGGGGGGUGGGCGAGCAGGAGGCGUGGGGCACGGGGCAGCAGCUCCAGGCUGUCCUGCAGGAGUUCGGGCUGUCGGCCCAGGCUGUCUUCUGCGUGGUGGACGGCGGCGCGGGGGACGGGCGAGGAAGGGCAGAGGAGAAGGAGAAGGAGAAGGAGAAGGAGAAGGAGAAGGAGAAGGAGAAGGAGAAGGAGAAGGAGGAGGCUGCCGCCAGCGGCUGGAGGAGGUUGCCCUGCGCCGCCGGCGUCCUGCAGCGCUGCGUCCAGGCUGGGUUGCAGGUGGAGGGGGUGAGGGAGGCUCUGAGCGCCGCCAGGGGCAUCGCCAGGUACUUCCAGCAGGACGCCAGAGCCAAGUCCUCGCUGAGCGCCAAGCUGGAGGCCAUCGGCAAGGGCCAGGUGAGGCUGGCGCCGGACGCAGGCUGGCGCUGGGCGAGCACCGCGGAGAUGUGCGAGAGGUUGCUGGAGCUCAAGUGGGCGAUCCUGGCCGUGCUGGAGGAGGAGGAGGAGGAGCAGCAGCGGCCGGGGGAGGUGCAGGGCUUGGCCGACCAUCAGUGGAGGCUGCUGCAGGAGCUGGUGCCGGUGCUGAGGACCCUCCGGCUGGCCUCAGCCUUCCUGCAGGAGCAGGAGAACUUCUCCAUCUCCUCCCUGCUGCCCUGCGCCCACGGCUUGGUGGCCACCAUCGCCGCCCAGGCUCAGGGCGCCGGCGCCGGCGUGCGGGCGGCGGUGGAGAGGAUGCAGGAGGAGAUGAUGGAGCGCUGGGGGUUGGGCGGGGAGGAGGUCCUGGAGAACCCCGCGGUGGUCGCUUCCUUCUUGGACCCACGCUUCAAGGAGCUGAGGUUCCUCAGCCCCGGGCAGCGCAGUCAGCUCCACCAGAAGGUGAAGGAGAUGCUGCUGGAGCUCUGCCAGCCUCAGGCCGACGCCAGCCAGCAUUGGGCACCCCUCCUGGAGGGCAAGGCUGAGGGUGGCAGGGAGCCCGCUGGGGCCUCGGGGGAGAGCUCCUCCAGCGUCUACGACCUGCUGCUGGGCAAGGACCCGACGGAGAACAUGCCCGAGGUGCAGCAGCAGCUGGAGAACUACCUGGUGGAGCCGCUCUGCCAGCGAGGCGCCGACCCCCUGCAGUGGUGGAGGAGCCACCAGCGCCGCUUCCCGGCCGUGGCGAGGCUCAGCCGCCGCUUCCUGGCCACCCCCGGCACUGCCGCGCCCCCGCCCAGCGCCUUCGGCACCGCCGACGACCUCCUGGAGCGCAGGAGAGCGGCGCUGGAGGAGGAGAACCUCCACCAGGUCCUCUUCCUCCACCACAACUUCGAUCUCCUGGAGAGGCUGAGGAGCAGCAGCAAGGGAGGAACUUGUGCUGAGCUGGCUCCAGCGUGGCUGAGUUGGCUCCAGUGUGGCCGAGCUGGCUCUAGGGAGGGCUCCAGCACGGCCGAGCUGGCUCCAGGGAAGGCUUCAGCGUGACUGAGCUGACUCCAGAGAAGGCUCCAGCAUGGCUGAGCUGGCUCCAGGGAGGGCUCCAGCAUGGCUGAGUUGGCUCCAGUGUGGCUGAGCUGGCUCCAGGGAGGGCUCCAGCAUGGCUGAGCUGGCUCCAGGGAGGGCUCCAGCAUGGCUGAGCUGGCUCCAGGGAGGGCUCCAGCAUGGCUGAGCUGGCUCCAGGGAGGGCUCCAGCACGGCCGAGCUGGCUCCAGGAAGGGCUCCAGCAUGGGUGAGCUGGCUCCAGGGAGGGCUCCAGUAUGGCUGAGCUGGCUCCAGGGAGGGCUCCAGCAUGGCUGAGUUGGCUCCAGCGUGGCUGAGCUGGCUCCAGGGAGGGCUCCAGCAUGGCUGAGCUGGCUCCAGGGAGGGCUCCAGCAUGGCUGAGCUGGCUCCAGGGAGGGCUCCAGUGUGGCUGAGCUGGCUCCAGGGAGGGCUCCAGUAUGGCUGAGUUGGCUCCAGGGAGGGCUCCAGCAUGGCUGAGUUGGCUCCAGUGUGGCUGAGCUGGCUCCAGGGAAGGCUUCAGCAUGGCUGAGCUGGCUCCAGGAAGGGCUCCAGCAUGGCUGAGCUGGCUCCAGGGAGGGCUCCAGCAUGGCUGAGCUGGCUCCAGGGAGGGCUCCAGCAUGGCUGAUUUUGCUCCAGGGAGGGCUCCAGUGUGGCUGAGCUGGCUCCAGGGAGGGCUCCAGCAUGGCUGAGCUGGCUCCAGCAUGGCUGACUUUGCUCCAGGGAGGGCUCCAGUGUGGCUGAGCUGGCUCCAGGCAGGGCUCCAGCAUGGCUGAGCUGGCUCCAGCAUGGCUGACUUUGCUCCAGGGAGGGCUCCAGCAUGGUUCCACCAGCUCCAGGUGGUCCCUUGGCAGCAGCUGUGACCAUGGCCAUGCUCCUCCUGCCUUGGUCCUUUCCCCCUGGCACCUCUCUGGUCCCCACCACCCCCCAGGACACCUCCUGCUGUCCCCACCCCACCUUGAGCUGUGCCUGAAGGAGCUGCUGAAGGCUCCAAGGUGAUGCCACCAGCUCCAUUCUCCUGGCACACCCCCAGAGGUGCCACCACCACCACUGUGCCCCCCCUUGGAGCCAGCCUGGGUGGCUGUGAGAAGUCAGGACCUGUCCUGGCAGGUUUGGGGUCACCACAUGGCACCAGUUGGGCUUGGAACCACUUUAAUGACUUUGGGUCAGAACUUGGAUGUUGGAGAACCUGAGGGAAGCUGAGGAGGGGAGCUCCAAGCUGGGUGGAGGCUGAAGGCCUGAGGAGCUCUGGAGGUCUCUAAGCCCCACCUGAAGGGUGCUGGGGAGCUGCCACCUGCCUGCUGUCACCUCCAGCAGCUCCAGGUGGGCUUUGGAGGACCAUCAGGACCCCCUCAGGUGCCUGGGUGCCAGUCACCAGCAGGCAGAGGUUGGCUUCUUGCCCACCUCCAGCUGCUGCUGGAGCUGCUGCCAAGGCCACUGCAGCUGCAGGGGCUCCUGGGGGCGAUGGAUCUUCAUGUGGGCAUUGAGACCCUUGACCUUGGAGAAGACUCUGGGGAGCAGAAACCAAGAUGGGGUUGGGGGCAAUAAAAGGUCCCAAACCUGA